AUCUUCCGGUUCGAUGAGAGCGCGAAAGGUCGUUCAGUGGGUGGUGUUACAUGGCCUGGACAUCGGCGAUUCUUAAUUAAUACUUGUCGGCCAAACUGAGGAUUUUUUGUACCCUUUUAAUUGCGUUCAAUUCUAAAGGACUCGCCACUGAAAUCUUGUGAUCUAUAACUCACCAACAAUUAGUUUGAUUUCAGUUAACGGUGCCGCAAUCGGUGACGUGUUACUUGUGACGUGUCGACAACUGGAACAGCGGGUCGUCAACGGAGACGGAGGGAUAGUGCAGCUAGGCCGGAGUUGUGGGGAGUUUAUGCUGCUGGAAUCCAUUAACCGUUCGCAGCUAGUUUCGUUGUGCAGUUACUUAGACUUUAUAACGUUAGACCUACUCACGAAAUGGAUGGACUAAAAGUAGUUGAAGAAAAGCUAAGAGAAUCUGCCAGUAUUGGUGAUCAAGAUGGAAUUGAGGAAUGCUUGUGCCAGGGAGCAGACAUUAAUUCUCAAAACCCAAUGAAUGGAUGGACUGCUCUUCACUGGGCCAGCAAGCGAGGGCAUCCUACUAUUGUCAACUUUCUUUUGGGGCGAGGUGCUGACCCAUCAGUAAGCAACCACAAAGGGGAACUCCCUGUUCAGAUGACCGAUAAUGGAGAAGUUAAAAAGAUGAUUGGGAACAUAUCUGGGAUCGGAACAUCUGUCACAGUAGAGAAGGAGGCCCUUCCUUUCACACCAAAUUACCUGAAGAACCCACCCUUUCCACAUGGACAAACAAGAGGUCAGAGGUCAAUGGGUUACCAAGGAAACAUCAAUGGGCACCCUUCAGAGCAGACUGGACCAAUGUAUGGAGAUGAGCUAGUACUGAAAAUCAGAGAAGCAGAAUCAGCCGAGCGUGACUUCAUCGAAGUCGAACUUCCAAGAAACGCUCUCACAUUUGAGAAUCUUGUUGAACUGUGCUGCGAAGAACUCCAGGUGGAGCCCUCCAAUAUUUCGAAGAUCCGGAAGUUGCCCAACACCAUCAUUCGGAAAGAUAAGGAUGUUGUUAGGUUACAAGAUUUUCAAGAACUUGAACUGGUUACCAAGAAGAAAACUCCAUUUGGAUCUACGCCUUACUCAGUGCCUCUGCAGAAUCUACUUUAUUAAAAACCCUUUAUGGACUAGAGUUCAUGUAUUGGUCGAUUUGAUCACUAGAUCUUCUCCAAUUUGGCAACAUUAAAUUUUGUUUAGUUAUUUGACAAAAUUCACUGAAACGGUUUCCAGGCAAGGAAUGUUAAAUGUAAGAAUGACCUCCGAUUCCCAGUUUGAGGAAUUGUGAGAAUCAGGUGCUUUGUAUUUAAUGAAUAGUUUUUAGAAAUAAUUUCUGAUUAUAUUAAUAGGGGUGUUUCAUGAAAUAUGUUGUCAGUGAUCAUCAUUUCCUCUUUGCUAUUUAGAAUCAAUCUUAGAUAUUUGCCUGGGAAAAUCGUAGAUAAAUCACUUCUUGAAAACUCUCUCAAGUCCAGGAGAUGUUGUACAUUGUAUUUCUCCCAUAACUUACCUGGGCUAUUUUGCGAGCUUAAAUUCCUAAAUUCCUGGGGGGAUUAUGCCCCCCAAGAUCUCAACCAUGGAUCGUGCGAUCGCAUCAAAAAUUGGUACGAAGGUAGAGAAUGACAUAAUCUAUGUAGUUGCAUACAUGUAGGUACUUGCAAAUUUUGAUUGAAUUACUCUUUUUAGCAUUCAAAACAUUGAAUUUAUUAUGAAAAAAUUCCAGUAACAAAAUCAAUUUCAUAUGUAUUUAGAUUUAUAUUUAAUUUUGUUUAUUUUAAUUUUUCUAAUGUAUUUCUUUGUUUUAUGUUCUUUUCAUUUGUAUUGUUUGUUUUUGACAAAAUACGUCUGUUACAUCAAUUCUGGCCAUAAAUGACAUCAAAUUGAAUGACUGCUGUCACUUAAAGUAAAAAUUAUCACUCAUUUAUGAAUUUUAGAGCUCUGAAAACACAUUUUGAAUUGACUUUGUACAAGAAAUCAUGUUUUUAAGCCAUUUUGGGCCUGACACUAACAUAAUGUUCUGUUAUUUCUAAACCCGGACGUCACAAAUUUGGUCUCAAAAGCUGCAUAAGACUUGGAAGUAAAAAGUUGGUGUGUUGAAAAAAAUGCGUGCAGCAGAUUUAUCAUGAAAAAUGUAAAGGGGGCCAGAAAGGCUGACCACCCCCCCCCCCCUCCCCUCGCCAGGUAAGUUAGGGGUAAAGGAGAUUAAUGCACAAAGCAAAAAAUUCCAGGGGAAAUAUCUUGAAAUAGAUAAACCUGAACAUAAGGAGGAAUGAAGAUAACUGGGAUUGAAACUAUAUUGUUACGUAUUCUAUUACCUAUUUGGGUGUGCCAAAUUUUAUAUGAAUUUACAUUAUUUAUAUCAGAUAUUAGUGACUAAGCAAGUAGAAGAAAAAAAUAAUUGUCUUGAAUUAUAUUAUUAUAUGAAGCAUGAUUGUAUGCUUGGACAGUUUAACAACUUGUGAAAAAAGAUGUUACACUGAAAGCACAAUUGUGGUUUGUUUUCCCCCACUAGAAACAAAAUGUGCUGGUAACUUUUUUUUCUUUUGUUUCAUCUUUGAGACCACAGUAAUCCUUUUACAUAUGACAGGUAUAUUGCAUGUUUUGCAUAUUCUGGUUUUAAACAAAUUGCUUUGACUUGGGCAGAUAUUUUACCUUUUAGAAGGUUGAAUUAUGCAAGAUUGCAGGGUGUAUUGAAUGUUGAGAUAAAAGAAGACCAUUAGCGUUCUAUAUAACUUCAGACUACUUUUGUGCAAUGAGCUUUGCAUGAAUUCAUAUAUUUUGAAAACUGAUGUUUUAUUGCUAAGAAAAUUAGUAUUGUAUUUACAUUCAUUUUUUUAAACCUGGGUAAUUAAAAAAAAAAUAUUUCAGUAUAAAUCAUGGGUAAAUAUCAAAUAAUUUAUUGAAUGAUAUAGAAUGGGAUAAGUGCAAUGUUUUCAGUCUUCCUUUCCAUUCUAUUUGUAUUUGUUACUACCCAAAUAUACAUCGAUGCAACUUCCAAGUACUUUUAAAGACUGCACGAAUUGGGUAUGCACUUUUCACCAACUGUAAUAUCAUAAGGCGAUAUUGUCCUUCAUUUAAGUGUUGACAAAAAAAAUGUCAACAAAGAUUUAGAAUGUAAUGUAGGUUUUUUUUCCGAUGGAGCAUAGGGUCUUGAUAAAACACAAGGCUUACUGAUUUAGUGUACAUGUAUAUGUUCACCAAUGCAAUCAGUCAUAAAUGAUAUUCUUUGAAUAUCAAUUGACUUUAUGUUGUGAAUAAUAACAAAAUUAUGACCUUUUUAUAUUUGUGUUUUCAUCCAUCAAUGGUGGCUGGAUUAAUAACAUUGAAUUUUAACAUCUUUGAGGGAGACCCUGAAAGAACAGCAUGAACCCUAACCAAAUGAUUUGUCCAUUACCAGUGAUAGCCUUGUCUGCAGGCACAGACCCUGAUUGAAACUGUAAUCAACAACAGGUGUGUCUUCACACAAGACUAACACAAAUUCAACUUGCUGUGAGAGACCUUCUGUAUGUAGGUCAUUGUCAGGAACUUUAGGCUGUAUAUUCAGACAACUUUCAUCACGUGAAGAGUUUGCACAGCAAACAACAUGUAGAAUAUCACUCAUACAACUUUGAAUUAGGUAUUAAUGUUUUCAUCUUUGCUGUAUGAGACAAAAUCUUAGGAGAGAAUGAAACCAAAUCCAAAGUGCAAGUCAAAAUUUACAGAUUUUUACCAAAUUAUUUAUUUAAAAUAUCUUGUCACCUCAACAAGUUGAUUAUCUGAAAGUUGACUUGGGAUUCAUUAACAUAGUUUGAAGUGUAGAGCAUGCUUUUUUUUAGUUUGGUUAUUCCUAUUUUAUAUACAUGGAUUGAACCUCCCUUCCUUUUGAUAAGAAGUACAUGUAGAUGGAUCAAGUGUUUAUGAAUUGUGUGAAUGCAUUGUUUGCUAUGCCUUUUUUAUGAUUAUGGUGCCAUAAAAUGUGUAAAUUUGUUCAUAUAUUGCAUAUGAUCCGAGUAUGUAAUAUAGCAUAGUAUACACAUAUUUGUUAUGUUUUUUUCUUUCUUUGGAGUUUUAUAAUCAUAGUAAUUGGACAUUAUAAUAUUUUGCUGUAUCAUUGCUUCUUCCCAUCAACAAAUAUUUUACUUGGUGUUAUUCAUUGAUUUCAGAAUAGAAUUCUGAAGUUUGUGUUUGACAUUUAUGUAUACCUAUUUUAUAUUUUCAUACAGGUACAUUUUGUCCCUUUGUAUUUCCUGCGGUUCUACUUGCUUUAAGCUCUAUGAACAUUGUCUAUUAUUAUCUUUGAUUGUUAUCAUUAUCAUCACUGUUAUUGUAGUUAUUUUUUUCAUUAGUAUUAUAAAUAUAAUCACAUCAUCAAUGUUACCAUCCUCAUCAAAACUAUAGAGUUUUCGCAAUUGCGACGGAUUUUACAACAUAGAAAAUCUAUUGAACCUGCCUGUCCAAUCACCAGCUGAGAGGUCUUUGUCACAAAUUAGUGGACUGGGAUAGCUGAUCAUCGUAAGAUUCUGAGCCGACGCAGGACGUUACUGCUUUUUUGAUUCACUGAUUUUCGACAGACUGCUUUGUCAUGAAGGGCUUUUGACAUUACAUUUUUUUGUUGUAAAAUCUAUCCUUGUCGCAAUUGCGAAAAUUCACUUUUAUCACAGCCACCAUGAUUAGCACAUAAUCAUCAGUUCAUCACCAAGAUCACUCUCCGUUAUCAUUAGAAUCACCAUUAAAAUAUCAUCUUCAUCACUAUCAUGCCAUGACUCUAAUGUCUUCACCAUUAUCUUUAUCGUCAACUUCACCAUCUUCAUCCCCCCCCCAUCAUUAUCAUCACCACCACCAUCAUCACCAUUAUUGCCACCAUCAACAUCAUCACCAUCUUCAUCAUCAUCACCACCAUCAUCAUCACCACCAUCAUCAUCACCAUCUUCAUCAUCAUCAUCACCACCAUUAUCAUCACCAUCUUCAUCACUAUUCAUCAUCAUCUAUCAAAAAUUCAUAAAAGUUAUACCUGAAUGAAAUGGACCCUUGAAACACAAGUGGCAUUGAAAAACAUUUAAUGAAGUGGAUUAUAAUCUUCAUAAUAAAAUGAAAUGUACUAGUA